GGGUAGACCUCGUUGUAAAAUUUAUAUGGAGAAAAGGUCACCUUCACGCAGUCACAGUGGAAGCUUCGAGCUUUAAGACAUAGUGUUUGUUAUCUCUUCAGAGGUCUUGACCGUUUCAACAUACAAGAUGAGUACCAAAGACCACCUCCUUACCGUUUUGUCAGAACCAGCUUCACAAGCUGGACAUAAAGUAACUAUUGUGGGAAUUGGACAGGUGGGAAUGGCAUGCGCUUUCAGUAUAUUGUCCCAGGGAAUAUCUUCUGAUGUAGUUCUUGUAGACGUAGUAGCAGACAAGUUGCAGGGUGAAUUGAUGGAUCUCCAACAUGGAUCCUUAUUCUUAAAAAAUCCUCGAAUUAAUGCCAGUACAGAUUACUCGGUAACUGCCGGUUCAAAACUAUGUAUAGUAACCGCUGGUGCUCGUCAACGCGAAGGUGAAUCUCGACUGGACCUUGUUCAACGUAACACGGACAUCUUCAAAUUCGUCAUCCCGAAUUUGAUCAAGUACUCUCCAGACACAAUUUUGUUAAUUGUGGCGAAUCCUGUGGAUAUCCUGACGUAUGUGGCAUGGAAACUCAGCGGGUUGCCAGUCAACAGAGUGCUUGGAUCUGGCACGAAUUUGGACACAUCCAGAUUUAGAUUUUUGCUCUCUCAGAAGUUGGGUGUUGCGCCUAGUAGCGUGCACGGAUGGAUUAUCGGAGAACAUGGUGACAGUAGUGUUCCAGUUUGGUCUGGAGUAAAUAUAGCCGGAGUCAACCUCCGUGACCUUAAUCCUGCCCUGGGAACCGAUUCUGAUCCAGAAAACUGGAAAAAGAUCCAUCAUGAUGUCGUUAAUGCUGCCUACGACAUCAUCAAACUGAAGGGUUAUACUUCUUGGGCCAUUGGCCUUAGUGUUGCAUCCUUAACUCAUACAAUACUGCACAAUUCAAACAAUGUACACGCUGUAUCAACUUAUGUCAAGGGUAUUCAUGGAAUUGAAGACGAAGUUUUCCUCUCUGUACCGGCCGCUCUGGGUGAAUGUGGUGUUACUAAAAUAGUUAUACAACCAUUGAAUGAGAAAGAACAUGAUGCUUUAGUGAAGUCUGCAAAAAUUAUGGUGGAGACUCAAAAAGGCCUUAGUCUUUAAAAAAUUUUAACAGCAUUACUAUAUUAAAAAAAACGAUUUUGGCUUUACAAGAUUUUGAAGCCUCCAUACUGCAUUUGUUAUAGAAAUGUCAAUAGCUGUCUAGAGUUUUUUUUGUCGUUAUAUUAAUUGGUAAAGUUUCAAAGUAAAUUAAAGAAUGACUCAGGUAAACGGUAAUAACGGUAUUGUAGCAACCAUAUGUAUUUUUUAGUAUUAUGAAAUGAAAAUUUACUGUGUUUUUGAGCUGUGUAGUCUAGUAUUAUGUUAAAUUAACGCUUAUUUUUAUAUUUUUAUUAAUUGGAUAGUGGAAAAAUUGUUUUUAUGUAUUUUUCUUAAUAUAAGUAUAAUUAAAUAUAA